AUGCUGGCGCUGCGCUGCGGCUCCCGCCUGCUGGGCCUGCUCCCGGCCCCGCGCUCCGCGCCGCUGCGGUUCCCGGAGGCCCGGGCCUGCAGCAGCGGCGGCGGGGGUGCCCGCGACGCCUCCUCGGGAAACCCGCUCGUGUACCUGGACGUGGGCGCCGACGGGCAGCCCCUCGGCCGCGUGGUGCUGGAGUUGAAGGCAGAUGUUGUCCCAAAGACAGCAGAGAACUUCAGAGCCCUGUGUACUGGGGAGAAGGGCUUUGGCUACAAAGGUUCCACCUUUCACCGAGUGAUUCCGUCCUUCAUGUGCCAGGCGGGUGACUUCACCAACCACAAUGGCACAGGGGGCAAGUCCAUCUAUGGCAGCCGCUUUCCGGAUGAGAACUUCACGCUGAAGCACGUGGGACCAGGUGUGCUGUCCAUGGCAAAUGCAGGCCCCAACACCAAUGGCUCCCAAUUCUUCAUCUGCACCAUAAAGACGGACUGGCUGGAUGGCAAACAUGUUGUGUUUGGCCAUGUUAAAGAGGGCAUGGAUGUUGUGAAGAAAAUAGAGUCUUUUGGCUCCAAGAGUGGGAAACCAUCCAAAAAGAUUGUCAUCACAGACUGUGGCCAGUUGAGCUAACCCGCUGGGGCUCCUGGCCAGCAGCAGCACACAUGUGUGACUCCCUGGGUGGCUGCCACGGCUUCUGGUGAAGGUACCCUUAGAGUGGCCUGUGCUCGCUCCGCCAUCAGUGCACUGAAGGAAGAUCUCUCAGGAAUCCGGGACCCCAUGGGGUCCCACCAGACUGCUUCCCAGUGUCCACCCUCCCUCGCAAUCCUGUUUCUGGACAUUGUGCAUCAUGGCCAAGUAUCACCACCACUCUGCUCCUCAGGCCUCAUUGUGAGGGCCCAGCCCAUGUUCACCUGUGCCUCGGACAUCAGCAUGGUGAGAAAUAUCUUCCAGGGAAGGUCUCUACUUUUUUUCUUGACCACAGGGGAAAACCCGUUGCUGCAAAGGGACUGUUGUAUCUGUCUACUUCCAUCUUCCUAAUUGUAAUAAUUUGAUGAGCAAGGUUGCCUGGAGAUGACGCUGUACCAUGCUGUGGUGUGACCUGAGUUGGUGACCCAGGCCCAGAGCUUGGCCUUUGAGGCAUAAUCAGGGCUUCUGUGAAAGGUCCCGUGGCUGAGGCCGUUAUCCCAGCUACUGUGAAUCCCGCUGGUUUGCUGCUGUUGAGUUUGUGGAGACUGGGGAGGUAGAGGCAGGUGAACCUGGGAACAACCGCUCUGCGAGCCAUGCCUGUCAAUGUGAAUUGCUGUGUUGAAUUGGAAAUGGCCCCUAAAUACUGUAUUCCCUGAAAGUCAGCGUGUGUUGCCUGGCGGGCUUUGAUUUUUUUUUCUGUGUUUAGUAAAUCAAAUUUAAUUAUAGACAUGAUACACUUCUGGAACGUAUAUUUGUGUUUACCUUAAAUGUGACAAUAAAUCCUAUUUUCUAUAAAACACUGUCUGUUG